AACGUUUCCCUCAGUAAGUAAAGAGAGUAUAUAAAAGUCAAUAAUGGCGGUCGGCUACGUGUUUGUAGUUUAUAGUUUAUCAAUCUUUAUCUGUUAUUUAGACUGUUCUGUCGUCACUAUAAGAGGCGUUGAAUUAAGAUUUCAAUCUUUUUAUAACCCAAAGCAAGAUUUUACCUGUUUUGAUCGUUCAAAUACAAUCCCUUUUGCAAGUAUAAAUGAUGAUUAUUGUGACUGUCCUGAUGGAUCAGAUGAACCAGGAACUGCUGCAUGUCCAAAUGGAAAGUUUUAUUGCACUAAUAUUGGGCACGAGGGAAAGUAUAUUCAGUCAUCUCGUGUGAAUGAUGGUAUAUGUGAUUGUUGCGACGGAAGUGAUGAGUUUGAUAGCAAUGUAGUCUGUUUUAAUGAAUGCCAGAAACAUCAAGCUGAAGCUGCUGAAAAGCACCGUCAACUUACAGAAAUGUCUAAUAUUGGAUAUUCAAACAAGCAAGAAAUGAUUCAAGAAGGUGAAAGAAGGAAGGUUGAAAAACAGAAUCGCCUAUCUACACUAAAUGAUAUUUUAGAAGGAAGACGUCUAAAACUUGAAGAAUUGCGAGCUGCAAAGGAGGCUGCAGAGAAGCCAGAAACAGAAGCCAAAGAACUUCACAAAAAAAAUUGGGAAGAAGUUCAAGCAAAACGCAAAGCCGAGAGAGAAAGUGCUUUAUGUUUACAGCAUUUUUUUUUGCUUGACUUGGACAAAAAUGGUUGGGUUACAUACACUGAGCUGACAAAUAAUCCAUAUAUGAAGAGUGAUAACACAGAAGAUGUUGCAAAGGACUUGCUUGAUGGGAAUGAAAUGGUUGAUUCAGAAGGUUUUGUAAAGGUUUGGGAACAUAUCAAAGACAAAGUACUGGUGAAUGGAAGACCUGUAAGAAUUCCUGAAGAAAAGUUAAAUGCAGAGAAGAUUGAUAGUUUAUCUGAGGAAAAAACAAAUCAACAAGCUGGUUCUGAGGAAAUAGAACCUCCAGCUGUUUCUCCUACAAAUGAAGAAGGUAUCUCUCAACCAGUUGCUGAAAAUGACCCUUCACUUAUUUCUCACCAUGAGGAAGGUGAAGAUGACGAUGAUGACAGAGAUGAUGAUGAUGAGGAAGGAGAAGAUUCUGGUGAAGAGCCUGGGAUAGGAAAGUCCCAAGAUGAUGUUAUGCCUGAUUACGAUGAAGAAACAAAAAAGCUUAUUGAAGGUGCUGAUGCUGCAAGAAAAUCGUUUGAUGACAUUGACAACGAAGUAAAAGAGUUAGAAAAUGAACGGAGAUCUGUUGAGGAAUAUUUGAGUAUAGAUUAUGGUUAUAACAAUGAGUUUGCUAUAUUAAAAGAUAAUUGUUAUGAAUUCACUGAUAGAGAAUAUAUAUACAAGCUGUGUCCAUUCAGUAAGACAACUCAGAGGUCAAAGAGUGGUGGAAGUGAGACUGAUCUAGGAAAAUGGGGCAACUGGGGGGAGCUUCCUAUGAAAUAUUCAACAAUGCUUUAUAAGGAUGGUGCUGGCUGUUGGAAUGGUCCUGCUCGGUCUACAAAGGUAAGUUUAAGUUGUGGUGCAGAAAGCAAGUUAUUGGCUGUCAGUGAGCCAAGUCGUUGCGAAUAUGCCAUGGAGUUUCAAACACCAGCUUUGUGUACUAAAGUAGCCUCUCAUACUGAACUUUAAUAGAUUUCGGAUCAAAAACUAACUUUGUUCUAUUUUUUGUUCUGAUAUUAUGAUACUCUUGCCUCUUAUUCGUAUAAGAAAAAUUUUAAUAAUUUUUUAAUUUUUCUGCUUUGCUUUCUACUUUUUAUCUUUUUUUUCUUUAAGAAAUCAAUCAAUAAUAUUCAAUUUUUCAAUUUAUUUGUUUAAUUUUUAUUAGGAUACUACAAAAUGUAUUAGAAUUAUGAUUGUCAAGAAUUUGUGUGAUGUUUUUUCUCAAUAAGUACUGUACUUUCUUA